ACAACAACAAGGGUGACGAGACUCUUUUUACAAAAGCAGCAAACAAGUUUUUUUCUUUAAAGCUAAUUGAGAGGUUGACUAAUUGAAAGCCAACAUUCGAUGGAAGAUAAUAUUAUACACGAGGCUAUUGAAACAUUGAACCUUUUUGAACGUACUGAUAGUUUAAUUGAAGAAUUCUUCAAUAAUAACAGCAAGGAUGACAAGGAGAAUGAAACUACAACAAGUAUUGUCGAUGAAAAGAAGGUGGCGGAAGGAGAUGGAAGGAUGGAUUUGAUGAUUGAAGACCAAUUAAAAUACGACUUGCUGGUAGAAAUUACAAAGGAAAGAGAACAUGAACAUACAAGAGUUCCUUCAUCACCAGAAGAUAAGGAACAUGAUGCUAAUUUGUUUAUUCAUGGAUUUGAGGAGAAGGUUCAAAAAUUGUUUGAUGACAUUGUCGAUUGUAUUGAGGAUGAGAAUCAUCAACAUCAUUACAUUAACAAUCAAAAGACAAUUACUCCAGAAAAGAUGAGACUCUUCAUGAAAAAGUCCAAGAUUUUGGUAGUAGAUGGAACUGUGGACGAAAUUAUGAGAUUACAUGACACCAGUAAGGAUGGUCACUUGUCAUUUGAUGAAUUCAAGCAAUAUAUGAUUGCUCAAGAAUUACAAUUGAGAAAAUUGUUUAAUCAAAUUGAUUUGGAUAACUCUGGAGACAUUGGUAUCGGAGAAUUGAAGGCAAUUUGUAAGAAACUCAAGUUGAAAUUGAGUGACAAAGAAAUGAAACAAAUUAUGAAAAUGAUAGAUAAGAACAAGUCAAAUUCCAUCUCUUAUCAGGAAUGGUAUGAUUUUAUGCAUAGAAAGAAGUUAAUCCCUAUUCACAAUAAGGAUGUAUCAUUGAAAAGUGCUUUCAAUAUUUUAAAGAAUGAAUGUGAGGCAGAUACAGAACAUCCAAAGUGGAAAUACUUCCUUGCAGGUGGUAUGGCAGCUGCUGUUGCAAGAACAGCUGUAGCUCCACUGGAACGUUUGAGAUGUCUCUACCAAAUUCAAACUCAAAUCACCAAACAUAAGAAUGGCCAAUUUUUGGAAUUUCAAUCAAUCAGGGAGGGAUUGAGAGAAAUUGGUAAAGAUGGUUACAAAGGACUUUUCAAAGGAAAUGGUAUGAAUGUCAUGAAAGCAAUUCCAGAGAUUGCAGCCAGAUCUUACUUUUAUGAAAUGUUCAAGAGAUGGAUCAUUUAUUACAAUGAUCACGUACCUGAUGCUGUUUCUAUUCAAAUGCAUCAACGUUUUUGUGCCAGUGCAUUUGCUGCUAUGGCUGCCCAAGCUCUUAUUUAUCCAUUGGAUUCAAUCAAGAUGCAUCUCAUGACAAGAGAAAAUGUAAAUAUUAGAGGAAUUUUUAGAGAUUCCUUAAAAGCUGAUGGUUGGAGACAAUUCUACAGAGGAUGCACACCAGCAAUGAUUAGAGUGGGUCUUGACACUGGACUCUACGAAACGUUCAAGAAAAUUCACUACACUUAUUACAGCAGUCAAGAUAUCAAUCAUGACUAUCCAUCAAUGCCAGCUGUCUUUAUGAUGGCAACAGCUGCUUGUACAGUUAACCAAGUACUAACUUAUCCACUCCAACUUGUAAGAACUCGUUUGCAAAUGCAAAACGUUUUGGAAAGAUCUCACAUUACUGACAUUCACUAUAAUGGCAUGUCAGAUGCCUUUAAACAAAUUUGGAAAACUGAAGGAAUUAGAGGAUUGUACAGAGGCAGUGUAGUUACAUUCUUAAAGAGUGUUCCUACAGUUUCUACAACCUUAUUUGCUUUCGAAUUUGCCAAGAGAGAAUUUGGUAUUUAUUCUCAAGUGUAAAUUAUCGUUAACUUGUGUAAAAUAAACAACUAUAGCUGAACAAAGAGCUAAUUGAUU